AUGAAAAGAUUUUCUUCCACACUUCCUUUCGGUUCAAAUCUAAACGGAUUUGAUAUUAAUAGGUUUCUUGAUGAAACCAAAUCAACCGUGACGAUAUCCGAUAAUAAAUCAUCCUUGAAAUGGAUUCCAUAUAAUGAAUUUAGUAACAUUAAUGAAAUUGGUAGAGGUGGAUUUGGUGUGGUUUACGAAGCCAUUUGGCAUGAUGCCCCUGAGAAAAAAUUCGAUCUAAUUUGGAAUAAGAAAAGAGUCGCAUUAAAGGUUUUAAGUAAUUCUACUGAUGAAUUACUCAUCAUGUUUAAACAAUUUAAAGAAAUACCAAAUCACAGAACACAGAUUGGUGAGGCCGAAUUGAUUCGUUUAAGUAUGAUUGAACAUGUUUUAUCGGAAUUUCCUUCGAAGAGGAUACAUCCUGAAGCUAUUUAUACCAGUCGGCUACUUGAAUUUACUCAACUUCCUCAACCAAGAAAUGCCGAUCCCGUUUCAAUUCAGCAAAGCUCCCUAGUAAAUCGUUCAGUUCAUCUCGUCUCUGCAUCAGACUUUGGGAAGCUGGCUGCCCGACGUCGUGCAAAUAGUGUAACUUCUCAUAAUCGCCGUCCUAAUAAACAAAAGAAUAAUAGGCGAAGUGUUCAAAUUCAAAGUGUCUCGGCCACCUUUAACGAAAAACGAUUUAGCAGAUCAUUUAAUAGUGAAGAAGUCGCUGAAAGUAUGCGACGAUUAAGUCUUUCUUCAGGAUCAAAAGAUUUAAAUGCGAUAAAUGAGGACUUAUUCGAAGAAUAA